AAUUGGCAGCCGUCCAAAAAACGGCGAUCGCUGGCGGUAGGAGCCAAUGAAUGCCACGUCAGAGUCGGCGGCGAGCUCACCCAUGCCUUCUCCGGCGAUAAGCAGGUACAGCUGGUGCUGUGUGGGUUGUGACAACGUGGUGACAGCCCGGAACCAGCUGUCUCCGGCCCCACCCACCCAAAAAAUUUUCCCGGAAAUCUCCCACGCAAAAUUUUCUCUCCCACACUAUACCUUUGACGGAAUAUAUUUUGUUUUCCUCCUUAAGAACCCCAACCCCCAUUGCCCAUUUGCAUAUUUUCUCGUGCCGAGUUUCCUGCGAAAGGGUAGCCCCACUACCCCUAAACAAACACCGCCGUAACGUAACUUCACACACAGACAAACAGAGACUCAGGGCGAGUUAAAAACAGCAGAAUCGGAAUUGGUUCACUGCAUUACCAUAGAUGUUUCCGGAGCUUCAGUGUUUUCUGAUUUCAGUACUGUGAGAAACUAGAGAAGAAAGAAGAAGAAAAGGGUCAAUGGAUCCGUGCCCAUUUGUUCGACUCAGCGUCGAAUCGCUUGCUCUGAAGCUUCCACUCGCCACCAAGCCCGCCGGUUCCGCAGUCUACCCCACGACGACUCCCUGCUUCUGCAAACUCCACCUCAAGAGCUUUCCUACCCAAACAGCCCUUCUCCCCCUCUGCUCCGCCGGCGGCGAUUCUCCCCCGGACUCCUCCACCUCCGCCGCCGGCUUUCACCUCGACCCCUCGGCCGUCCGCGGCCUUUCCAGCAAGCCCAUCGCUCUCCAGGUCUCCGUAUUCACGGGCCGCAUGGGUCGCACUUGCGGGGUCAGCUGCGGCAAGCUUCUUGGCCGGGUCAACGUCAGCGUCGACCUAGCCGGCGCCCAGGCCCGGCCCAGCGUCUUCCAUAACGGGUGGCUCAAGCUCGGGAACGAAGCGGACAAGCCCUCAGCCCGCCUCCACAUGGUGGUCAGGUCCGAACCGGACCCCCGGUUCGUUUUCCAGUUCGGCGGCGAUCCGGAGUGCAGCCCCGUGGUCUUCCAGAUUCAGGGGAACAUCCGGCAGCCGGUCUUCAGCUGCAAGUUCAGCGCUGACCGGAACUCGAGAACUCGUUCUAUACCAUCAGAUUUCAACAACAGCAGUGCCAGCACCACCAAUGGCAGAAGUUGGAUGAGAUCCUUUUCGGGGGAGAGAGAACGGCCUGGGAGGGAGCGGAAGGGGUGGAUGAUCAUGAUCUAUGAUCUCUCUGGUUCACCUGUCGCCGCUGCUUCUAUGAUCACUCCAUUUGUCCCCUCCCCAGGCUCAGACCGUGUCUCCAGGUCAAACCCCGGUGCAUGGCUCAUUCUUCGCCCUAAUGGAUUCUCAGUUAGUAGCUGGAAGCCAUGGGGCCGUCUCGAGGCAUGGAGAGAGAGGGGACCGGUUGAUGGCUUGGGAUACAAGUUUGAACUUGUCACUGACACUGGCCCAACCAGCGGAAUCCCCAUUGCUGAAGGCACCAUGAGUGUCAAAAAGGGUGGGCAGUUCUGCAUUGACAGCAGGAUCAUCAAGGAUUCUGCACAAGGGUUUGUGAUGGGUUCAAGUGUUGAAGGUGAAGGAAAGGUGAGCAAGCCCGUGGUUCAAGUCGGCGUGCAGCACAUAACGUGUAUGGCUGAUGCUGCCCUUUUUAUUGCCCUUUCAGCUGCCAUUGAUCUUAGCAUGGAUUCUUGCAGGCUCUUCUCACACAAGCUCAGGAAGGAGCUUUGCCACGAUGAACACGAUUCCAUCUCUUAAGCACUUACUGGGGUUAUGCUUUUUGCAGUGAGAACCAGUGAGUUCUUGAUCCUUGAGAAGUCUGAGGCUGCUGGUUUGAGCUAUGAAGAUAUAUGCUUCCCUUUUUUUCUUUCCCCACUUUUCUUUAACACACAUUUUGCCCUAUGACUUGGUUUGUGCCCAUCUUGGUUGAUGUUCUGUGAUUUUACUCUUUCUGAGGUCCCAAUUUCUUGCUGGGUUUGAUUCUUUGAUUUCUUUGGAGGUUUUGUCAAGCAGGUAAACAUAGAGGGUUUUUCUUCAUGUAUGUUUUUCUUUUUUACUGUUUUUUUUUUGUGUAAAAUUUUACAACAUACAGAGUGAAAGAGAAAAUGUACAGAAAGAAACACUGUUGGUUUCGGUUUUAGUUGUCUAUUAGUUCCUCUUUUCAUCAAUGUACUUAUUAUCUUAAUGCUGCUUUUGUUUUGCCCUAGUGGUUGAAUCAAAAUGCAUGAUAUCAUUCACAAUAAUUGAUUUGCCAA